UCUGGCAUUAAAUGCUUCCUUUCUCUUUCUCUCUCUUCAUUCUUGCCUACAACAGCAAUACCCUGCAACCACCUGCAACAAUCCAAUCCUUCCUUGGUUUCUUUACAAGGAAUUCAUCUUAUACCUCCCUAACUCUCAAUCCCAACCAGAAAAUAUACCACACAAAAAGAUGUACCAGCUUUUUUAGCCAUAUUUAUACAUGUAUUUUUUUAUUGCUUGUGUAUAUGAACUUGAAAAGAGAGAUGAUUAAUUCCCCAUGUUCUCCAAAAACAAUUUAGAUUUUUUGUUUCUUUGAUCCAAACGUUGCAGAUAUUCUGAAUUCUUUUUGCGGCUACGGACUAUAGGGGAGUGUAAUGGGAAUACGUUCUUCACAUAGAACUCAGAAAGAGUUUCUCCUCCAACGGUGCCUUUUCUGCUGAUUUUCUUCUUCAACAGUCAUUUUCUGUUUGUUUAGAGAGAAAUAUAUAUAUCUCUCUGAAAUUAUUGGUUGGAGUUGUGUAAUGGGGGUCUUGUUGCUGGGUUUCUUCAUCAUAUGGGUCUUGAAUAUAAACUCAUGGAGAACUGGAAAGAUUGUGGAAUUUCUAGUUUUGUCAGAUUUGUUGUGUUCAGUUUCAGGACUGGGUUCUAUGUCUUCCAUUGCAAUUUCUUAUGGUGAGAAAGGUUCAGCUUUCUGCGGUUUAAAAUCAGAUGGGUCUCAUUUAGUAACCUGUUAUGGAUCAAAUUCAGCCAUAACAUAUGCAACACCAAUCCAGUUCCCUUUUCUUGGUCUAAGUGCUGGUGAUGGCUUUGUCUGUGGACUUCUGAUGGAUUCCAACCAGCCCUAUUGUUGGGGAAGUAGUGGCUAUAUCCAAAUGGGUGUUCCUCAACCCAUGGUUAAAGGAGCUGAAUACUUAGAAAUCAGUGCUGGUGAUUACCAUUUGUGUGGAUUGAGGAAACCCUCAACAGGAAGGCUCAGAAACACUUCUUUUGUUGAUUGUUGGGGCUAUAACAUGACCACGAACCAUGUAUUUGAUGGACAGAUUCAGGCGGUCUCAGCAGGUGGAGAAUUUAAUUGUGGAUUGUUUUCCCAGAAUAGGACUAUUUUCUGCUGGGGUGAUGAAACUAGCAGCAGGGUUAUCAGUUUGGUUCCAAAAAAUAAGAGAUUUCAGAAGAUAUCAGCUGGUGGGUAUCAUGUUUGUGGGAUUCUAGAGGGGGUGGAUUCAAAACCCUUUUGUUGGGGAAGGAGUUUGGAUCUUGAAGAAGAAAUUUCAGUUGCAAAUUUAGGGAAAGGGAAUGUAGAUUUGGCCCCAAAUGUACCAAUGCUUUCUGUUGUGGGAGGGAAGUUUCAUGCUUGUGGAAUCAAAAGCUAUGAUCAUGGAGUUAUUUGUUGGGGUGCUGUUGUUCAACCAAGCACACCAGCUCCAAAGGGAAUUAAGGUUUAUGAGAUUGCUGCUGGGAAUUACUUCACUUGUGGGGUUCUUGCUGAGAGAUCUCUAUCACCUGUUUGUUGGGGUAUUGGGUUUCCUACUUCUCUCCCUCUAGCUGUCUCACCUGGGUUAUGCAAAUCCACACCUUGUCCUCCAGGUUUUUAUGAAUUUUCCCAUGAAAAUGCCUCUUGUAAAUCUCCUAACUCUCAUGUUUGUAUGCCUUGUAGCAAUGGUUGUCCUGCUGAAAUGUAUCAAAAAACUGAAUGUAAAUUGAAAUCUGAUAGACACUGUGAAUAUAACUGUUCGAUUUGCUACUCGUCGGAUUGCUUCUUAAAUUGUUCUUCUUCAUAUUCCAAUGUUGUUAUAGGGAAGAAGGAAGGAAGGUUUUGGUCGCUGCAAUUGCCGGUCAUCAUUGCAGAGAUUUCCUUUGCUGUGUUCUUGGUGAUUGUUGUGUCUUUAACUGCUGUUAUGUAUGUUAGAUACAAGCUAAGAGAUUGUCAAUGCUCCAUACAGAGUUUAAAGUCCAUUAAAAAUAAUGGGAAUGGUUCUCCUUUCCAGAAAGAUAACGGGAAGAUUCGGCCUGAUUUGGAUGAAUUGAAGAUACGGAGGGCUCAGAUGUUCAAUUAUGAGGAACUAGAAAGGGCCACCAAUGGUUUUAAAGAAGAAUCCCUUGUGGGAAAGGGAAGUUUCUCUGAUGUUUUCAGAGGGACCUUGAAAGAUGGAACAGUUGUUGCUGUGAAAAGGGCUAGAAUGUCCCGUAACAUGCAGAAUUCGAAAGAGUUCCACACGGAGCUAGACUUACUCUCCAGAUUGAACCAUGCCCAUUUGCUAAAUCUACUUGGAUAUUGCGAAGAAGGAGGAGAAAGGCUUCUAGUUUACGAGUUCAUGGCCCAUGGUUCAUUGCACCAACACCUCCAUGGCAAGAACAAGGCUUUAAAGGAACAAUUGGAUUGGGUUAGAAGGGUGACAAUUGCAGUCCAAGCAGCCAGGGGGAUCGAGUACUUACAUGGCUACGCUUGCCCACCUGUGAUUCAUCGAGACAUCAAGUCUUCGAAUAUCCUCAUCGAUGAAGAACACAAUGCCCGGGUGGCUGAUUUCGGGUUGUCACUACUGGGGCCUGCAGACAGUGGCUGCCCUUUAGCAGAACCCCCAGCAGGAACGCCUGGUUAUCUUGAUCCUGAGUACUACAGGCUUCACUACCUCACAACAAAAUCCGAUGUUUAUAGCUUCGGUGUUCUAUUACUAGAGAUUCUUAGUGGAAGGAAAGCUGUUGAUAUGCAAUAUGAAGGAGGGAACGUAGGAGAAUGGGCAAACAUAGUUGAAUGGGCUGUGCCUCUGAUAAAAGCAGGAGAUAUUACAGCAAUUCUAGACCCAGUUCUAAAACCCCCACCGGAUCUCGAGGCCUUGAAAAGGAUUGCAUAUGUGGCUUGUAAAUGUGUGCGGAUGAGAGGGAAAGAGAGACCAUCAAUGGACAGAGUGACAACAGCAUUGGAAAGGGCACUUGCAUUGUUAAUGGGAAGUCCUUGCAAUGAGCAGCCUAUUUUGCCAACUGAGGUGGUAUUGGGAAGUAGCAGAUUGCAUAAGAAAUCAUCUCAAAGAUCAUCAUACAGAUCAGCAUCAGAAACUGAGGUUGGAGAAGCUGAGGAUCAGAGGUUUGAAUUCAGAGCUCCUUCAUGGAUAACAUUUCCAAGUGUUGCUUCUUCACAGAGGAGGAAAUCAUCAGUCUCAGAGGCAGAUGUUGAUGGGAAGAACUUGGAGGGAAGGAAUUUGGGGAAUGUGGGAAGUGGGAAUGAUGGGUUGAGGAGUUUGGAGGAAGAGAUUGGACCAGCUUCACCACAAGAGAAGUUGUUCCUGCAGCACAAUUUCUAAAAUGUUGAUUCAUGCAUGUUGGUAAUUAGAUUCUUGGAGGAUGUAAUGUUCAAACUUUUUUGUAUUUUUAUUUUUGGUGAAUCUUUUUGUGUAAUUCGAUUCUAACAAUUUGGUGGUUUAUAGUCUCUCCAAGACACUGAAUCACAAGUUUCUUGGUAGAUUGCAGUCUCUUAUGAAACUGGGAUCCAUUUGUACUCAUUUUUUAUUAUUUGCUAAUUGUUAAUCUUCUUUAUUGCCAGUUAA